GUGUUUACGUAUGUCAUUCAGCAAGUUUCUAAACAAGAAUUUCUAUGUUUUCACUUUUUAAAACGUUGUUCUUAAUACCUCGCGUACUGUUACUGACGUGCGAAUUAAACCAAUUAAAUCCGAACUCCAGAUAAGAUAACACGGAUCAGUGACAAAUUACCGAAACCCCCCCAAAAAAAAAAAAAAACAAUAACUGGCCAGACUUUAAUGUUUACCAAAUAUGUUUUCAUUGUAAGGUGAACUUGCCCAUUUAAAAAAUGAGCUCGCGAGAUCGCAGGUAUGGUAUUUUCGUACGGAACGAGCUCCUCAAGGGUACAGGGAGGGCCCAGAUUGAGAGAACAGCAUUACUGGGUCAGAUCUGCAUCAUUGAAGGAGUCUUGAAAAACAAGGCUGUGCCAGUCCGAUUGCUGAAAGAUGGAGAAACCUGGGAACCCAUGACGUUCAUAUCUUUAACGGAAGACUCUGUUAUAGCUAUUCCUGAAAAGCUUUGGCAGUAUAUUGCCUCUAUUACUUCUCCAAGAGAAAGGGUGAAGUUUGCCAAGAAUAAGAAGCUCUGCCAGUCUCUCGCCAGCAUCAGUAAAGACGAAGUUGUGGGAUAUAGUGAUUCACAUGAUGUGAAAUUGGGCAGGAUUAGGUAUAUGGGACUUAUUAAAGGCAUUGGGCAUGGGUUUGGCUUAGAACUUCAUGAAAAGCGUCCUGGAAGCAAAUGUGACGGUUCCUGUGGCAACAUUCAAUAUUUCCAGUGCCUUCCGGGCCGAGGUCUGUUCACCACAAUAGAAAAGAUCAUUCCAGCAAGUGUUGGCAAUGAAAAAGAAAAGUCACCACCAAGAGAACCACUAUCGGAUCUCGAUAUCUACAUUCAUCAGAAAAUUAUGCCCAAUAUGUUUAAUGGGUCCUUAGAUGACAAGCCGCCUAGGGAGGAAAUAGUCACCAAAUAUGGAGAAUAUUCGAAAAAAAUAUCAGCGCCAGCCAAAAGUACAUCUUUGACCCAUAACAUGAGGAAUUCAUUGUCCCUGCAAAACAUUUUGGAUGUUGACACUAUGAGUAUUAAUACUAAUAAUGAUUUUGAUCAGAACACCAUCAUCCAGCCUGAUAGAAGUCACUUGAUGAAUGCUGAAAAGAUUAAGAAUAAAUCUGAGAUGGACUUGCAUGACCUCAUUGGCGGUAUUCCCUGGACAAACGCAGAACCUGCCAACCAAGAAAGCUACACUAACUUACGCAAAAACUUAGAUAAAAACGAUAAUAUUAAGGAGAAAUACAGCCCAUUAUUAAAUAGGAAUAGUACCUUAAGCUCCAACGGUACCCUAUUGAGAAGCCCGAGAAACAAAAGCGCGAACCCAAUAUCGCACCUAAUGGAAGGCACCGGAACUACGAAGAAAAGUAAAUUCUACAAUUUAGACGCUCCAGUCGAAAAUAAUUUUGAAAAAGGGGUGAACAUCAAGAAAAUACAAAACGGUUUAAAAAAACUCACAGAACCACACCCACCAAAAGAAAUCAACCAAUCCAAACCGACCGCCACAUUCUACGUGAUAGAAAAAUUAAAAUACAAAGACCCUCCCCCUGGUACCACCAACGACCUGGUCUUAGGUAGUUUAGUAGAGGUAGAAACUGACGUGACAGACCAACCUUUAUACGGUGUGAUUCGAUGGAUGGGAGUAGACUCCGAAACGAAAUUCACCCUGGUAGGUAUAGAGCUUGAGGACGAACUGCCGAGCGAGUUACCGCUGACGCUAACAGAUGGCACAUAUAACGGAGAAAGAUUCUUUAAAUGCGCCCCAGAUCGGGGGUUUUUCGUGCCGUUGGAGCGUUGCAGGAAGGAUCCGCGGUUUCAGGACGGGGUGCCCACCACCCCUGUACAUCAGGCGGCACCAAGUGAAGCCCGCGAAUGUUCUGUGAUUCCCGGAGCGGUGGCUCCACUUUGUAUGCCUACAGAGGAAGACGUUCAGGCCGUCUGCGGGAAGUACCGCGGCAUCCAAGGCCAUCACAACUCCUGCUACCUGGACGUCACUUUAUUUUCAAUGUUCACUUACACGUCCGUUUUUGAUAGUCUGAUAUUUAGGCCUAGGAAUUCGUAUGACAUUGAGGAUUAUGAUGAGGUCCAAAGGGUGCUCCGAGAAGAAAUCGUAAACCCUUUAAGGAAAAACUUGUUUGUUAGUGCCGAUAACGUUAUGAAGUUAAGAAGACUGCUCGACCGGUUAAGUUCAGUGUCCGGCCUCACGAGUGAGGAAAAAGACCCGGAGGAAUUCCUUAAUUCUUUACUCGCUCAAAUCCUGAAGGCCGAGCCUUUUUUGAAGCUUAGUUCCGGACAAACCGCAUUCCAUUAUCAACUUUUCGUGGAAAAGGACGCCGAGUUAACUUUGCCUACGGUACAGCAGCUCUUCGAGCAGAGUUUCCUCACGAGCGAUAUUAAACUGAAGGAGGUGCCCUCGUGUCUCAUAGUGCAAAUGCCGCGGUUCGGUAAAAAUUACAAAAUGUAUCCGAGAAUUUUACCGUCGCAAUUGCUGGACGUCACAGAUGUGAUUGAGGGAUCUCCUCGACAAUGUAUCGUUUGUGGCAAAUUAGCCGGUUGGGAAUGUAAGGAAUGCUUCGCGGAAUGUUCGUCCACCGCAGGCCUAGAGAGCACCGCCUUUUGUAUAAAUUGCCUCAGGACGGCCCACAAACACGAGAGAAGACAAAGGCAUAAACCUCGGGAGUUGGCCGUUAAUGAAGAGUUUUUAGAGGUUCAAGAACAAUACAGGCCGUCACGACUAUUUAUGGAACUUUUUGCUGUGAUUUGUAUAGAAACUUCCCACUACGUGGCCUUCGUUAAGUGCGGGGUCGGUCACGAGGCACCUUGGUGCUUCUUCGACUCGAUGGCCGACAGAAAAGGUGAGCGAGAUGGGUACAAUAUUCCUGAAAUGGUCGCGUGUCCUGACGUGUCGCAGUGGUUAUCGGAUGAAUCUGCAUGCAGGCAACUUCAUGAAGAUUUCCCGGUGGACAGACAUCUACCGGAGCACGCGCGACGUUUACUCUGCGACGCAUACAUCUGCAUGUACCAAAGUUCCGACGUUAUGAUGUACAGAUAAAUUUGUUUAUUUAUUAAUUAAUAGAGCAAUUGUAGAGGUAGCAAGGGAAGGCUUAUGCCCUAAAGGUGUGUUUUCUUCAAUUCAGCAAUAAAGUUAACUUAAGCCGCGAGGUACACACCUUUAGUUAUAACUUUAUGUGAUAUAAAUGAGCAUAAGCCUUGAACGCGAGUGAUUCUCGUUUUAAUCUUGUUAGUUUAUAAGUUUAGUUGUGCGAAUUUGUACAGGGUAUCCUAUUCAAUAACAGAAAGAGACAAACAAUAUUUUAAACAAAUUCUAUAACGUUUUAUUUGCCUAAAGAGCUUUAGAUCUGUUGAGGAAAAGAGAAUAAUUUUACUUGGACGCCCUGUAACUCACGGACGUCAUAUUGUGAUUUUCUUUGUAUAUAAUGAGGUAAUUUAUGAGAUUUAUUGUUUUAGACUGAUAUUUUUUUCAUAUUCACUGGGGUAAGUUUUAGGGUGCUUAAGUGUGACCAAAGUACGUUUUGAAAGUGCGUUUUUAUUUUUCAUCUCCUUAUGAAGUAUUUUCAAUUUUAAACCUCUUGAACUAUGUAGAGUUUGUGUUUAAAUUUAAAAUACUUGUGCCCACGUCUGAGCGUUAUUAAUCUUCCAUUUUGGUAUGAUGAAUACAAAUGGUCUGAAUAAAAUUGCUUCACUUAGCCUGACUUUUUCUGCCUUAUUAGAUAUUACAAGGAUGUAAAACUAGAUUAUUAAUUUGUUACUUAAAAGCUUUAUAGAAGUAAUAUUAUUACUUAUUAUAUCUAUUAAACUGUUGUAGGAAUAACAGUACUCGAGUUGUCAUUAGGGUUCUAAAUUUAUAUGAUGCCGUUAAGUUUUUAUAAUGUAUAAACCGCUUUAUUUGUUGUAUUGUUUUAUAUCUGGAACAUGAAUAAGGUGUCUAAGCCUUAUACGCAACGAUUAUCAUCACGUUUAUUCUAUUUUGUGUUUUAAAAGGCUUUAUUUGUAAAUACUUUAAUUUACUAAUUCUUACAGAGUUAUAAAUAUAUUAUGUAUUAUUAGAAAACGUUAAUAAGUAUUAAAAAGUUUAUAAAUUACGACGAAAUAAUAAUUUAAAACAACUUCCACUA